UGUCAUCAGUACAACAUGUAGACUCUACUUUUCAUAUGUAAUAUAUAUUUUUCAAUUUUCAUUUCUUUGUGUUCAAGUGAAAAUCAUCCCGUCCAAUGUACUUGUGAACAGUAUACAGUGAUUUAAUUUUAGAGGAUUAUUUAGAGGAGAGUUUCAGUGAAUUAUAUCAAAAUAAAGUUAAAUAGCAAUAAAUAUGGAUGGUAGCGUUGACGCACUGGGCCAUAAUCGAUGGUACGGAAUGGACCAAGGAAUUGGUAGAUUGGACCAAGGUUUAGGUCGAGUGGACCAAGGGUUGGGGAGAGUGGACCAAGGGCUUGAUGAAAGCCAAAGAGCUUAUUUUUCAGCUUAUCCUAAUUAUCCUCCGAUUAAUCAAGGUCGGCCGGUGGAUCCCCAUGGAUUGAGUUACUAUUCAAUGUGGAGUAAUGCAUUUAGCCAGACUCAAACUAGUAAAACCUUCUACCCUCCUCCUCCUCCUCCUAGUUCAACUCUACCUCCUCCUCUAACAUCAGCUCAUCAUCCUCAUCCUUCCUCAGGUUCUUCUAGUCCUCAAAGGGAAACCCAACCUUUGUCUGAAGAAUCAAGACUCCAGCUUCCAUCCUUGACACCUGUAAACCGAUCAGCCGAUCAGCCGGCUGAUUUCCGGUCAAAUAGUCCUGACCGGAAAGUGUUUGAGAGCGUCUACCAGGAAACACAUCCGGUCAAAACAGAACUGUUUUCCUCAUCUCAGUCAAUAUCACCGUUUGAAGAAACGGAGAAUAACUCUACGGAAAGACGAACUGACGGAGCCUCCUUUCCCUCCCCCUCACACACCCCCUCGGCCUACCCUUACUACACCCCUGAUAUUGCAUCCCCCCUGUAUGGUGGAUAUUCUACUGCGGGGCCCCUGUCUCCUAAAUCAAAAUCUAGAGGGGGAAAUGGUAAUGAAGGUAGAGAGUGUGUGAACUGUGGUGCAACAUCUACUCCGUUAUGGAGACGGGAUGGAAAUGGUCACUAUCUCUGCAAUGCCUGCGGUCUUUAUUACAAAAUGAAUGGACAGAACAGACCUCUUGUGAAACCAAAGAAGAGAUUGUCUGCAUCUCGUCGUGAAGGGACGAACUGUACGAACUGCAAGACGAUCAACACAACUCUAUGGAGAAGGAAUCAGAACGGUGAACCUGUCUGUAAUGCCUGUGGUCUAUACUUCAAACUACAUAAUGUUGAGCGACCCGUGACCUUAAAGAAGGAAGGAAUUCAAACCCGAAACCGAAAACUUUCCACAAAAUCAAAAAAGAAAAAAUCCAACAUGGCAGAGUUUUUCCAAACCGGUUUUGACGGUCGGUACAACUUCAGCUCUGGCGGUAUGGGCGGACCUAUGUCAGGAUAUUACCACCAGAUGUCUCCCAUGUCGGGGAUGAUGAGUCAGUACAUGCAUGCCGGCAUGGGUGGGAUGUACAUGGGAUCCAUGCCGACCGGAAAUCAGGGAAUAAUGCCGCACUUACAGUCUACACAUGGCAUGUUUUCUGCACCAUCCCCUUCAAUGCAGAACUCUAUAGUUGCGGGGGCAACCGCAUGAUUUCAAGAGAAAAUAGUGAUUUCAAUUCAAAAUCGUGAAAAAUUCCAGUUUCAAGAGGCUCAGCUCGUUGUUUCAAGGGUUUAGCUUAAAUUUAAAUGUGCAUAGUACAUUAAAUAGCCGUUGCUAAAAUAUCUAACGAAUGUAAAUGUUUUUUAAAGUGAAUUGUUUAAAGUGCACUUUCAGUUUAACAAAAGACGCUUGAGAAAAGUUUAAAUUCAAAAUAUUGAAACGUUGAAAAUUCUUAAACUUUGUUACUUUUCUUCAUUUGUACAUAUGUACAUUUGUACAUAUGUACAUUUGUACAUAUGUACAUUUGUACAUAUGUACAUUUUUACAUAUGUACAUUUGUGCAUAUUUACAUUUGUACAUAUGUACAUAUGUACAAAUGUAUUACACUUUUGAUGAUCAGAUACACACAAAAUUUGCCUUAAAUUGUAAAGAAUUACACUUUUAAAAAUUAAUAUUUUAUGUAAAAGUUAUGUAAAGGGAUUGUCCACGAAAUUUGAAGUGAACUUCAAUUCAAAGUGUUACACAGGUCCGAUUCACAACGGUGAAAUUUUUUCUCUGCUCAAUAAAUCAGCAAGUUGGUCUGUUAGGAAACCGCAACUGAAUAUAAUCAAAUUUAAGAUUAAAAAAACAUGGACAACAUUGUUCAGAUGAAAGAUCGAACCCGUCACUCUAAAAAUGAAGGUUUUUUUGAAAUUCCGUUUACAAUCCCUUUAAAUGUAAACAAAUGCAAAGCAAUCAGGGCUUUCAACAAGAUGCAAUAAAUAUAUAAAUUCUGCAAUAUAUUUUCAUUCUGCAUUUUAAAGCACAAAAUAUUAUUUUUUUCUUCAACGAAUUUUCAAUUUAUUUAUUUUAUUUUAAAAUAAAUAUACAAUGUGUUUAAAAAGGCUGUGAGCCCUCUAAGGAGUUCUUUUUAGUUUUUAUCGGUAGAAAACCAGUUUCAAGCUAACAUACAGUCGUAACUAGGGAUGUAUAUCGUUUGCAGGUCAAAUUUCAAAUAAUAAAAUUGUAUUCUCGAAAAUAUACAUUUGCAAACUUA